AUGGCGGCUAUUUUUUAUGUGUACUCAAUAUUAAUUUGUGGAUUUUGUGUUCAAGCUUUGCAAACUAUUAAAGCAUUCUACUGUCGGGACCCAGAUACAGGAAAACUGUACCCUGUUAAUUCAACAUGGCCUUCUCAGUCUUUUUGUGGAAAUUAUACUUGUAAAUUACGAAAGAAAAAUAUCACUGAUACUGAGCAUUCUCCGAUAAGAAAAGUUAAUAUUACUAAUAUAAAUAUCAAUUUUUUAGAAAGCGAUGGAGAUAUGUCUUCAAGCCCAAGUGAAAUCGUUAACAUUGGAAGAAUUAUUGAUCAAGGAAUGGGUCAUUUAUUAAAUAAAGAAAAUAUUUCAACAAAAUAUGAGGCGAGCGAAGCAAAAGAGACUGGAUCUAAUAAAUACAAUAAUGAAGGUGACCGCUAUUUAACUGAAAAUGAGAUUAAAACUAUAACAGAGAUGCUUUAUACAGUAAAGAAAAGUGAUCUGGAAGCUAUAGUUGAUAUUUACAACUUAGCUCAAGAUAUAUAUAAAGAAAUGGACAAAGAUACAACUGAAACUGUAAUUCAGGAAACAAAGAUGCCUCUUCAAACACAAAACAAAGUUGAUAUUAAGCAAGAGGCCGCAACUAAAAAUAAGCAACGAAUCUCGUAUUGGUAUGAGCCACUACAUUAUCAAAAUGAUAAAAGCAAAUCAGAAAAUGACGUGAAUUAUGAGAGUACAACUAAAAGCACAAGCAAUCCUAAUACCUUUUUCAAGGGGUCGUUGACAGAAAAAGAUUUUAGAAAACUUCCUUAUUAUUAUCCAAUAUCGAAUUUCCAAAGGAUAUCUUCAUACACCCACCCUGGUAAACAAAAUGUUUAUCAGAAUACAGGUAGUGAACACAAGCCAUGUAAAAAACCAAUAUCCAACAGUAAUUAUGUGUUACCACCAUGGAUUAACAAGUCACUCAAAAAACCUUAUAAGGCAGCAUCAUCACAAAACUCUUUCGAACCUUCACUUCUUUUGCCUUUUCCAUUUGCCUACGUUAACAACAAUAAUCUAAGUGGGUAUCCACCGAACUAUUACUAUGGUGGGUACAGUGGAUAUCCUUGGGCGCAAUUCAAUGUAUACAACAGAAAUCGAAACUAUCAGCAAUCGUACUUAGGAACGGCUUACAUCGCUCAGUUGCCUGGUGAAGCGAUAUACGCUAAACCCGAAAUCCAUAAUGAAUACGAAUAUCAUAGCAACAGCAUUACAAAAGAAGAUAUUAUAGACAUAAUAACCAGUAUGAAAAACAAAGACAGCAAGAAAAUGCCUGAUUGGCAAACUGAUCCACUUCCAGCGCAAGUUAUUGAAGAAGUAAGAGGGAAUGCGGAGAAAGCUAAAUCACUUAUACCUUAUCAUUUAAGAAAGAAAGUGAAAUUAGAAAAAGUUGGUAAGGUUAUUAAACUUGAUGAAACUGUGAAGACUAAACGAAGUAUCACAGAAAAUAACAGUGAAGCGGAAGAGGAUGACGACGUUGAAACUUAUAUUGUUAAAACCACAUGUGAACCAGGUACUGAACUGGGAUACUUUCGCCGUGGAAAUAUGAGUCGACCGUUUCCGGCCUGUUGUCCAGAGAGAAUAGAACGUUGA